CUAAACUAAUACGUUUAAGACACGGUCACCAGUUUGCUACUUUGCUGGCCUUGGAUUCUUUCUAUAUAUUUCUACUACAAAAAUAUAAGCUAGUACGUACACUAGACAUGGUCUUCUUACCUUGUUUUCGGCCUUAUCUUCUUCUCUUUCUUUUGGUUCUCCAACUUUCGUCGCAUAAACAUACAACUUUUGCAGAAGCAAGGCCGUUAAUUUCCCUCUUACACCAAGAUAACAGCAGAUAUGUGAAGCUUUUUGCAACGCUUGGGAUGGAGUGCAAGUGUUGUGACGGUGUGGUUAUUGCUGAUGGAAGAGGAGAAGAUCAGUGUGAAGCUUCGUGGUCUGGUUAUUGUUCCAAGCUUCAUUGCCUUCCCUGGAAGCUGCUAUGAAUUUUGUGUUCUUAUCACUCUUUUUCCUUGGCAUUUAAUGAAUGUAUGUACAUAAUACAAAUUAGUGUAGUUACACGUACAUGUAUUUAAAAGUUUUUGUAUUGUGCCCUUUGUCUUUCACCAGGCAAUUUUGUGAGGCCGUAAUGAAAGCUAAUGGUAUCUUAUUAUCAACUUAAAUUCUUAAGUUAUGUUUUCAAGAUCGACAAAGAAAAAGAACACAUCAAUCAUAAAG